CUUGGAUAUGUCACAGUGCAAUUGCAGAAGACAUUCCUGUAUUUCAUUGCGUGAUUGAUGUAUUUGCGAUCAGAUUUAAGAAUCACAAAAAUGCUGAAUUUGAAGUGAAUCUGUAAGCUGCAAACCAAGUCGAAAGGUUCAUAAUGCCGGCUGAGGAUGCCCGUAAGGAAUAUCUGCUGUCAUCUUGUGGAUCACAGCUGGGUCUCCCAACCAAAGAUGAUGCCAUUACUAGCCUCUACUCAGCCAGGGAGCUGAAUAACUUUCUGGAUGAUGGCAACUGCUCAGUCCUCUCAGCAAAGCUCAACAGCUCUGGAGGGAACAAGAAAGUCUAUUUGUCAAAUAAGGUUGAUCCAAGUGACAGCGGAGAGAAGGUGAUUGCUUUUUUCAAGUUGCGUCCGGAUGUGAUCUCAGCUGAUAAUGUCCAGUCAAGCAUCUUGACCGUCUCCAUGAUGGACUCUCCUGUUGGGGCACUAUUUCAUGCAGUAGACAAGGUGUUUGCACCAUUGCUUAUUGAGGAUGAGAAGUACAACCGUUCCUUUAACCCAAAGCUACAGAGUCUACUAAGUGAGCUCAGGGCUGGUCUCAAGAGCCUGGUACGGAAACAGGACCCAUCACAGGGCGGACCAGUCAAACGAGGGGACGAGGACUUUGCUGGUAUCUUGACCCCAUCGGAUGAGUUCCAGCACUGGUCAGAAGUGGCCAUGUCUGGUCGCAACCAGGAUGCCAAGGAACGAGCAGAACACUUCCUCUCCUUCUUUGAGACCGUCUCUAGGGAGUUUGAUGUCCUGGACACCUUGUCCCUGGAGGAGGGCCAGGAGCUGGUGGAGACUACCCAGGAUGCAGUGGAUGAUGUAUGGAAGCAGGGCGAAUUCGACCCUUAUCCUGAGAAGAGGAUGGCCCACUUGUUAGAGGUCAUAGGAAGUGCAUUUGGUCGCUUCAUCCAACGCAAGCUUGGAGCCUUUGACCUUUGGCUUGACCCCUUCCAUAAGGUCAAGCAGGCCUUGCUGAGUGGUAUCUCCAUCUGUGACAAGUGGAUCUCUAGCUGUGAGAAACUCACUGAACAGUUCUGGAAGAGGGAUCCAGUGCACCCCUGGAAUGGGACCAAGUUUACCCCCGAGGGUCUCUCCCAACUCUCUAAGAGACUUCAAGAAAUUUCAACAUUGAGGACAAUACAUGAACAGGUAGUUCGCCUGCUAUCUAAAGGAGAACAAGAAGAAGUGCGAAUAAAGGAUGUCUUUUCAGCUUUCUCCGGGCUGAACCCACUGCAAUACAACCCCUAUACAGAACCGCAUUGGAGGGCUGCUGUCUCCCAAUAUGAAAGAGCAAUCAAUCCAGCUGAGAGGAGGAUCGCUGUCAAGCUCAGGUCUCAAUUUAGAAAUGUUGAGGGUAAUCCCAACCAGCUCCUCAGGGAAUUCCAGAAGUAUAAGGAACUUGUCAGCAGAGAGAGUGUCCGCAAGGAAGUGGUGUCUGAAAGAGAGACGCUUCUGGGUCAACUCCAGGUCUAUCUCAAGACCAUCCGAGAUGACUUCAAUGUUAGGACCAGUGAGAGCAGUCCUCCAACAGGAAAGAACCUCCCAGAGGUGGUCAACAAUAUCGUCUGGGUCAGGCAAUUAGAAGCCAAGGUGGAGCAGACCUCCCAAGUAGCAGACAAUCUGUUGAAUGAUCUGUCUGGGUUUGGGCGCUUCAGACGAGAUGCUGGUGAUCUGUUGGAUGAGCUGAGGAACUGGAGACAGGACCAGUUUGAUUCUUGGUCUAGUGAGAUGCAAGCUGCCAUCAGUGACCCCAAUAAACCUCUGAGCCUGCAGAUGACUGGAAGGCUCAUGGAAUUUGAGACAAAGAACAAUGAGCUGAUCGUCUCGUACAGUGAACGACUAGUCACACUCAUGAGAGAAGUGAGACAGUUACAGGCCUUAGGUUAUCCUGUAGCAGCCAAAAUUCAACACACAGCUGCUAUUGCUCAGAAGUUCUACAAACAUGGUGUUAUUCUCAAACAGGUUGCUCACUUCCACAACAGCAUCGCGGAGCAGAUGAUCCCCAGCCAACGGAACAUGAUGCUUCAGUCUGCCCUAGCCUUUGAGCGUAUCAUCAAGAACCCUAGGACAGGGUCAAAGGACUCGGGUCAAGGCAAGGUACAGAUCACCUGGGAGAACCCCAAGGAGCUAGAGGAAUAUAUCACCAAGCUCCAGGCUGCUGCUGAGAAGCUUACCACUGAGAACAGGAGACUCAGAAAGUGGCACCAUACUGUCUCUGAUAAGGUGGUUUCCCUGAUGUCCAUCGAUCUACUUCGUCAGCAGCCUCGCUGGAAGGAAGGACUUCAAGAUAUCCGAGGCAUUAUGGCUUCUCUAGAGUCACAGGGUUACAAAGCUCAAGAUAUGAAGUCCUGGAAGAUGCACUGGGAUAGACAGUUAUACAAGGCCCUAGAGCAUCAGUAUCAAAUGGGAUUAGAAGCACUCAAUGAGAACCUACCAGAGAUUAAAGUGGAGCUCACUUACAGACAACAGACUCUCCAGUUCCGACCACCCAUUGAGGAGAUCCGUGCCAAGUACUACCGUGAGAUGAAGAAGUUCAUCAGUCUCCCGUAUCACUUCAGAGGCAUUGGUGACACUGGUGAGCCUCUCAUCUAUCCUGCUAUCAUUGAAAGGAAUGCUUCAGGGUUCCUCAACGUCUACAAGAUGGCUGAGGUCCUCUUCAGCAAGCUGGACAAGGCCAAAGACAUAUUCAAGGACUGGGUGGUAUUAGGUUCUGUUGAUCUAGACAAGCUUCUAGAGACCCAUCUACACACUGUGGCUGAUUGGGAGAGGAACUUCAAGGCUCUCAAGGCUAGAGGCAGGGACUCUGAAAAACUACCAAGUCAAGUCAAGGUUUAUUGCGUGACGGUAUCAACCGCCCCGGUGAAGGGAACCAUUGAUGAUCACAUCCAGAGACUCUUUGACUCACUCCUCUCAUCACUACGCCGAUCUAUCACUGAAAGCGUGUCAGAGAUUGAGAAGUUCCUGAAGGAUGGGAUGGAGGCACUGGCCACCAUGCCACAGACAGUAGAGGAAAUUGGCAAUGCAAAUGCAAAGCAUGCUGAACUAGAGGCUAAGAAACCAGAGAUGCGUCCCAUGUUUGACCGGGCUGAAGCUAAAAAUAAGUUGUUGCGUACUGUAGCAGGAGGUGGUGUUGAUCAGUUCACUCAGCUUCAUGCUCACUGGGAGAAGUUUGAACUCAUGAUGGAGAGCCAUCAACUUAUGAUCAAAGAACAGGUCAAUGUUAUGAAGAGCAAUGUAGAGUCUCGUGUUGAUGCAUUCCGUAAUGAGCUAGAGAAGUUUUCGGCUCGAUGGAACCACGCCAAGCCGACCCCCGAGGUCAUAGAGUCUGGAGAUAAGGAGGCAUGUCUUAAAGCAGUGGAGCUGGUCAAGGAGAAGAAGGUGGAGUUUGAUGAGAUGCAGAAGACUAAGAACAGCCUCAUAUUUGACUGCAAGCAUUUUGAGCUUGAGGAACCAUUUUUCUCCAUUGCAAAUGACCUUGAGGUUGACUUUGACCAACAGACUACCAUGUGGACAUUGUAUGAAGAAUUCAGCAAUAGCCUCUCUGUCCUGGAAAAUGAAGAUUGGAUCGUCUUUAGAUCAAAGACUUACCAGUUUGAUGAUUUCCUAACCACAUGGGCUGAGAAGCUGAAGUCAGGUGGUCCUGAUGUAGAACAUACCGUCAUGACAGUCAGGCUUACCAAAGACAUUGACAAGUACAAGACCGUGUCUCCUUUACUGAAGUACCUAAGCAGUGAUAUCUUCACUCAAGAACAUUGGAUGGACCUUUAUCGCAUGCUCAAGAUGCCUCGCUCAAAGACUUUGGAGCGGAUGACCUUUGGAGAUAUCCUAGCAACGGCAGAUCAGAUUGUAGCUAAUGCAGAUGGAUUAAAGGAUCUGUUUAACAGAGCCAAAGGAGAAGUGUCAAUCCGUGAAGCAUUACGGGAGCUGGAUGUUUGGGGUGUGGGGGCCUGCUUCUCACUCACAGAGUAUUCAGACAGCAAGGGUCAUCAGAUCAUGUUGAUCAAGGAUUGGAAGGAUCUUGUUACACAGGUUGGUGACAACCAAAGCCUCCUUCAGUCCCUGAAAGAUUCACCCUACUACAAGGGCUUUGCUGACAAGGCCACCAUCUGGGAGCAGAGACUGGCUGACCUUGAUGAAUAUCUCCAGAACCUGAACCAGAUCCAGCGUAAAUGGGUCUACCUAGAGCCUAUCUUUGGCAGGGGUGCUCUCCCCAAGGAACAGGGUCGAUUCAGGAGGGUUGAUGAUGAUUUCAGGAGUAUCAUGAUGGAUGUGGCCAGAGACAAUCGUGUCCUCUCACUUGUUGGUCGAUCUGGUCUGCGCAACACCUUGACCACCCUCCUGGAUCAAUUACAGAGGUGCCAGAAGGCACUCAAUGAAUUCUUAGAGGAGAAGCGCUCAGUCUUACCUCGCUUCUACUUCAUUGGUGAUGAUGAUCUCCUGGAGAUCUUAGGUCAGUCCCAGAACCCUGCCGUCAUCCAGUCUCAUCUUAAGAAGCUCUUUGCUGGUAUCCACAGUGUCGAGUUUGAUCAGGGAUGCAAACAUAUCACUGCUAUGAAGUCACUAGAGGGAGAGGUCGUACCCCUCUUGAAAGCAGUGGAAAUCACUCCAGAGGUUGAGAUUUGGCUUGGAGAUCUAGCCAAGGAGAUGAAGUCCACGCUGCGCAAACUGCUUGUUGACUGUCUCAAAGACCAGCAGUCUUCUAGCUCUGGUGUGGGUGUCGACCCAACCAAGUACCCUUCUCAGAUCUUGGGUUUGGCAGCUCAGAUUCAGUUCACAGAGCAAUGUGAGACAGCGAUCAAAGAUAACAGUCUUCAGGAUCUACUCAUAGAGCUAGAGCAACAGCUAGAAGGCUACACCUCAGCUGAUAUCAGUGGAGCAGCAGGGGAAAGGAGUGCUGCCAUACAUGUUCUGGAGCUUAAACUAAAGGCCCUGAUCUUGGACACCAUCCACAGCCUGGAUGUGGUUCAACUCCUUCAGAAGGAGAAUGUGACUAGUCUUGAUAACUGGCUGUGGCAGAAGCAGCUUAGAUACUACCUUGAUAAUACCAAGACAGCUAUCAUGAGGAUGGUAGAUGCCGAAUUCCAGUACACUUAUGAAUACCAAGGUAAUGCUGCCAAGCUGGUACACACACCCCUAACAGACAAGUGUUACCUGACCCUAACCCAAGGUAUGCAUAUGGGUAUGGGAGGUAACCCCUAUGGACCUGCAGGUACUGGCAAGACAGAAUCAGUCAAGGCCCUUGGGGGAUUGUUUGGUAGACAGGUCCUUGUAUUCAACUGUGAUGAGGGUAUUGAUGUGAAGUCCAUGGGUCGUAUCUUCAUUGGUCUGGUGAAGUGUGGUGCAUGGGGUUGUUUUGAUGAGUUCAAUCGUCUUGAAGAAGCCGUGCUGUCAGCCGUCUCCAUGCAGAUUCAGACUAUCCAGGCUGCUCUUAAACAGAAGAAACCCAAGGUGGACCUCCUAGACAGAACUAUUGACAUUGAUCCUAACUCUGGUAUCUUCAUCACCCUGAACCCGGCUGGUAAGGGGUACGGAGGAAGACAGAAGUUACCAGACAAUCUCAAACAGCUCUUCAGACCGGUGGCCAUGUCACGACCAGACAAUGAACAGAUUGCUGAGGUCAUCCUCUUCUCUGAGGGAUUCAAGGAUGGCAAGAGUCUAGGACGCAAGCUGGUAGCCAUCUUCAAUCUAGCCAAGGAGUUACUUACACCACAGCAGCACUAUGACUGGGGUCUGAGAGCUCUCAAGACUGUGCUUAGAGGAUGUGGUAACCUUUUACAGAUAGCAAGACAACAAGCAGGACAAGAUAGGAGUAAGGUGCAAGAACCCAAACUAGUUGUCCAAGCCUUGAGGGUCAAUACCCUGUCCAAACUGACCUUCUCUGAUGGUAUCCGCUUUGAUGCUUUGGUCAAGGAUGUAUUCCCUGGUGUAGAGCUCAAGGAUAUUGAGUAUCUGACCCUAGCUGAUGCAAUCCGGCAACACUGCAAGGAACAUAAUCUAGUUGUCAUGGAAACACAGGUGAAGAAGGGUUUGGAGCUUUAUGAGCAGCUCCGUCAGAGAAUGGGUGUGGUGGUCGUAGGACCCAGCGGAUCAGGAAAGUCUACUACAUGGCAGAUCCUGAGAGCAGCUCUCAACAAUACUGGUCAAGUGGUCAAGCAGUAUACAAUGAACCCUAAGGCCAUGCCCAGGACACAGUUGCUUGGUCACAUUGAUAUGGACACUCGUGAAUGGAGUGAUGGUGUCUUGACUUACAGUGCCAGACAAGUGGUCAGGGAACCGCAAGAAAUCCAUUCCUGGAUCAUUUGUGAUGGUGAUAUUGAUCCUGAAUGGAUUGAGUCUCUCAACUCUGUCCUUGAUGACAAUCGAUUGCUCACCAUGCCAUCAGGAGAAAGGAUCCAGUUUGGACCCAAUGUCAACUUCCUGUUUGAAACCCAUGACCUGAGCUGUGCUUCACCUGCUACUAUCUCUCGUAUGGGUAUGAUCUUCAUGAGUGAUGAAGACACGGAAAUCAAGGACUUGGUCCAAUCCUGGCUUAGCCAUCAGCCCGAGGAGUCCAGGAACCGCCUUGAGGCCUGGAUUGGGGACCACUUUUACCGGGCCCUGGAGUGGGUCAUGCGUCAAGGUGAUUUUGUUGUGGAUACCAGUCUGGUGGGUGUGGUUAUGAAUGGACUCUCCCAUCUCAGAGGGGCGGAAUGUACCUCAGACUUCACCAUCAAGCUCAUCAGGGGACUUGGUGCUAACCUCCCGGAGGCUACUCGUAUGAACUUUGCUAAAGAGGUAUUCCAAUGGACCCGAGAACAACCUCCUGAUUCUAGAAAAAUCUUAGAUACCUACUUUGAUGAAAGGACAGGAAGUCUGGCCACGUACUCCAUGCAGGAUAAUGAUGAGCUCUCUGCAUCAGACUUUAAUAACCCAAGUUCCUUACCAGUCAUCAGAACACCUGAUGUCCAGCGGUGUCUGGACUUCUUCAAACCUUGGCUGGAAGCUGAAAACAGACAACCAUUCAUCCUGGUCGGUCCUGAUGGAUGUGGAAAAGGGAUGGUCCUUCGACACUGCUUUGCUCAGUUGCGUUCCACCCAGAUAGCCACCAUCCAUUGCAAUGCCCAGACCUCACCAACUCAUCUCCUUCAGAAGCUACAGCAGAUGUGUAUGGUAUUGAGUACCAACACGGGUCGGGUCUACAGACCUAAGGACUGUGAGAACCUGGUCCUGUACCUCAAGGAUCUUAACCUACCAAAGCCUGACAAGUGGGGGACCUGUCAGCUCCUGGCUUUCCUGCAACAGGUAUUGACAUACCAUGGUUUCUAUGAUGAUAAGUUGGAAUGGGUUGGUCUAGAUGGUGUUCAGAUUGUAGCUAGUAUGAAUGCAGCACACACUGUAGGAAGACAUACUCUUUCUACUAGAUUCACAUCCAUUGUCCGGAUCUGCUCUAUUGGGUAUGCAGACAGAGAGCAGUUACAGGGUAUCUAUAGUGCUUACUUGAGACCAGUCUUACACCGUACUCUAGGAAACCACCCAGUAUGGUCAUCACCAUCUAAAGUCAGCAUGCUUGCUGGAUCCAUGAUUAGCAUCUAUGAACAGGUUCGCUCUAAGUUCACCAUUGAUGACCACAGCCACUAUCUGUUCACCCCUCGUGACCUCACCCAGUGGGUUCUGGGAUUGCUCCGCUAUGACCUUGGAGGUUCAUCGGAGUCCACCAGCGAGCAUGUCCUCGAGGUAUUGAGUUACGAGGCACGUCGUUUGUUCUGCGAUCGUCUGGUAGGAGAGGAGGCUAGGAAUCGCUUUGAUAAUAUCUUGAAUGGAACGUUACAAGCAGAUUGGAAUGCAGGACAGAUACUGCAGAAUCUUAAUGGGCACUAUUAUGUAACUUGGGGUGCCAGGACUGAGACUAGUAGUGGUGGUGCUCUACCACCAGCUGGUAAGAGCCUUGGAAGACUCUCUGCUUCUGACCUGAAAGAAGUCAUCAAGAAAGCUAAAAAGACAUUUGCACGGGAGAAUCGUGAGCUUGAUAUCCAAAUUUUCCAUGAGGUUCUUGACCAUGUGGCUCGAGUUGACCGUGUACUUACCCAGCCCCGAGGGUCACUUCUGCUGGCUGGCCGCAGUGGCGUUGGUCGAAGAACAGCAGCAUCCCUCGUAGCACACUGUCACAGGACCGAGCUAGUCACUCCAAAUCUAUCUCGUGCAUACGGGAUUAAGCAGUUUAAGAACGACUUGAAAACGGCCAUGCAGCAAGCAGGGGUGGAAGGAAAUCAGGUAGUCCUGUUGUUGGAAGACCACCAGUUCAUCCAACCACAGUUCCUGGAACUCAUCAACAGUCUACUGUCCUCAGGAGAGAUCCCAGGACUCUAUGCUCCAGAGGAACUGGAACCACUCCUGGCCCCAAUCAGGGACCAAGCCUCGGAGGAAGGCUUCAGAGGGACACUCAUCAGCUACUAUGCCUCACGUAUUUUGACCAACCUUCAUGUUGUAUUGAUAAUGGAUAGUAAGAAUGCAUCCUUUGCUGUGAAUUGUCAGAGUAAUCCAGCUUUCUACAAGUCUUGCUCUGUUCAAUGGAUGGAGGGAUGGAGCAAAGAGAGCAUGAAAGAGAUACCAAGACUCCUCCUCCGUCAUCACAAAGGUGACGGUAAAGACGAAGGGAGCAAGGAAGAUAGAAAGCGCCAUCGCAAGGUGUCGGGUGGUGAUGAGAUCCUUCGCAACUUCCUUGAGAUCCACAAGUCGUCUUCAGUCCGUCACUCCACUCCUCGGCGUUACAUGACCUUCCUUCAUACAUACCUUGAUGUAUACCGUCGUAAGAAACAAGGUGUUGAACAAAAGCAGAAGCAUUUGCAGGCUGGUGUUGCUAAACUGAAUGAAGCCAAAGCCCUGGUAGCAGAGCUGAACAGCAAAGCGGCUAAACAGAGCGCCCUCUUGGCUGAGAAACAGAAAGAAGCUGAUGAAGCACUCAAGAAAAUCCAGACCAGUAUGGAGAAAGCUGGUGAGCAGCGUCGUGAGAUAGAGAUCCUCAAACAGCAAGCCGAUGAAGAGAAUGUAAAACUUGAGAAACGAAAGAGAGUGAUUGAUGAAGAACUGGCUGAGAUUGAACCACAGGUUCAAGCAGCCAAGUCUGCAGUAGGAAGCAUCAAGUCAGAGAGUCUGAGUGAGAUCCGUGCCAUGCGUGCUCCUCCUGAUGUUAUUAGGGAUAUCCUAGAGGGCGUCCUUCGUCUUAUGGGAAUCUUUGAUACCUCAUGGGUCAGCAUGAAAAGUUUCUUAGCAAAAAGAGGAGUAAAGGAGGAGAUCUCAACGUUUGAUGCAAGGAAGAUCAACAAGGAUUUGAGGGAAGGCACUGAACAACUGCUCAGGAAACAUGCAUCUUCAUUUGAGCCUCAGAAUGCCAAACGUGCUAGUGUAGCAGCAGCUCCUCUUGCAGCCUGGGUGAGAGCUAAUGUCAAAUAUUCCUAUGCCCUAGAGAAGAUUGAGCCUUUAGAGACGGAACAGAAUCAACUCAAAAGGAACCUUGAGAAGGCUGUAGGCCGUAUUGAUAAGCUAUCCAAGGGUCUAGCUGAUGUUGAUCACCGAGUUGACGAGUACAAGAGAAGGUUUCAGAAGCUCAAUGAGGAAGCUGCUAAGCUCAAGUAUGAGCUUGAGAAGGAACAAGAAACAAUUGCCUCGGCUGAGAAUCUCAUUGGCAAGCUGGAAGGAGAAUACCAGAGAUGGAACAACCAGGUAUCUGAACUGAACACCGAGUUGGAAACCCUACCCAAGAAGGCCCAAUGCGCUGCUGGAUUCAUCACCUAUCUCACGUCAUCACCUGAAGAUGAACGUAAGCAGAAACUUGCUGAGUGGAGUAAACUCUGCGGUCUGGAGCGCUUUGACAUGAGGCGUUUCCUCAGCACUGAGAGUGAGCAGCUGACAUGGAAGGGCGAGGGAUUGCCUAGUGAUGAGCUGUCUGUGGAGAAUGCAGUGAUGAUACUCCAGACCAAUGAUAUGUCCAUAAAGAGUUCUCUGAGACCAUUCUUGAUUGAUCCAUCUCUGAGGGCAACGGAAUGGCUGAAGACACAUCUUAAAGAAGCAAGGUUAGAGGUCAUCAAUCAACAGGAUGCUAGUUUCUCUACAGCCCUUGAGUUGGCCGUUCGGUUUGGAAAGACUCUCAUCAUCCAGGAGAUGGAUAAGAUUGAACCAGUCCUCUAUCCUCUGCUUAGGGCUGAUCUCAUCAGUCAAGGUCCUAGGUUUGUGGUUCAGGUCGGUGACAAGGUGAUUGAUUACCAUGAGGACUUCCGUCUUUUCAUGACGACUAGGAAUCCAAACCCUGAGAUACCACCUGAUGCAGCAUCCAUCAUCUCAGAGGUUAACUUCACCACCACUAGGGCUGGUCUUACUGGACAGCUUCUAGCUGCCACUAUCCAGCAUGAGAAGCCUGAGCUAGAGGUGAGGAAGACUGCAUUACUCAAACAAGAGGAAGAUCUUAAGAUUCAGCUAGCUCAACUAGAGGAAAGCCUGUUGGAGACUCUAGCAAAGGCAGAAGGAAAUAUCUUAGAGAACAAAGCUCUGUUGGAGUCUUUGAAUAAGACCAAAGAAAGCAGUCAGACCAUCACACAGUCUCUGGUAGAAUCUGUUCAGCUACAGGAAUCAUUAGAUCAGGAAAGAGCUGCAUACUUGCCUCUGGCUGAGAAUGGUAGUGCCCUCUUCUUUGUGAUCUCUGACCUUGCUAAGCUGAAUAACAUGUAUCGCUUCAGUCUCAGUGCCUUCCUACGUCUAUUCUCAAAGGCAUUACAAGGCAGGAUGGAUGGAAGCAGUACAGAGAUGAGAAUUCAGAUGCUGAUCAAAUCUCUUCAAAUGUUGGUCUAUGAGUAUGUAUGUCAGUCUCUCUUCAAGGCUGAUAGACUUAUGUUUGCCCUACACUUGGUUCAUGGCAUGCAUCCGAACCACUUCAAAGAAAAUGAAUGGGAAGCAUUCUUGGGUCAGAUAGUUGCUGAUGUACGUGAAUCCCAACAGAGUGGUUCAAUGCCUUCAUGGGUAGAUCAAGAUAGACACAAAGCUCUAGCUUCAUUCAUGGCUACCUUCUCAUCUGUAGGCCAGAGUUUGAGCCUGACAGACAAUGGUCUUUGGGGUCCGUUCAACCGUAGCUCUCAGUGUGAGCAUGAAUUCCCAACAUCACUAGAGAAGAAGAUAACACCAUUCCAACAGCUUUUGCUCAUCCAAGCCAUUCGACCUGACAGGCUGCAAAGUGCAAUGACCUUCUUUGCUCAGAGAGGACUGGGAAUGAAGGAAUUGACCACACCAACCAUCAACCUGAAGCGAUUGUAUCAGGACACCGUUCCUAGUGAACCCGUCCUCAUCAUCAUAUCACCUGGAGCUGAUCCUACCCAAGAACUGCAGGAAGUCGCUGCAGAGGUCAUUGGAGCCGACCACUACCAUGAGGUUGCUAUGGGUCAAGGUCAAGCUGAUAUUGCUAUGCAGCUUCUUCAUGAGUGUUCAAGGAAUGGAGAAUGGCUGUGUCUUAAGAACCUUCAUCUGGUCACUGCGUGGUUACCUGCUCUUGAGAAGGAAAUGAACGCUUUGAGCCCACAUGAUAACUUUAGACUUUGGUUGACUGCUGAGAGUCAUCCUAAAUUCCCUACAAUCCUUCUACAGUCAAGUCUCAAGAUUACGUAUGAGGCUCCACCAGGUAUCAAGAAGAAUCUCCUGCGUAGCUAUGAUUCCUGGACCCCUGAAUUCAUUGGCAGGGAGAACAACGUUGUCCGAGCCCAGGCUCUCUUUGCCCUGGCUUGGUUCCAUGCUAUCUGUCAAGAGAGAAGGAACUUCAUCCCUCAAGGCUGGACCAAGUUCUAUGAGUUCUCCAUGUCAGAUCUUAGAGCUGGUGCAGAUAUCAUUGAUAGACAAUGCCAUGGAAAAGGCAAAGAAGUCCAGUUUGAGUUUAUCUAUGGGCUGUUUGAGAACGCCAUCUAUGGUGGUCGAGUCGACAAUCCCUUUGACAUGCGUGUACUGAGAUCCUACCUAGCCCAGUACUUCAACAAAGAUAUGCUUGGAGGAAGCAGUUCUCGUAGGUCAAAGAAGCUUCCUGGAGGAAACAGUAUACCAGUAUCUUCAUACUACAAGGACUUCACUGAGAUGGUGUCCAAGUUUCCUGAUGACGAUAAGCCAUCUUUCUUUGGUCUACCAGCCAACAUAGAGCGUUCCUCACAGAGGAUCAUCAGCGGACAGGUCAUCUCUCAGCUCAAGAUCUUACGUCGGUCUGAUGAAGCAGCAGAGAAGUUUGAUACUGAGAAGUGGAACACAGAACUAGGCCCUAUACUGAGCCUAUGGAAGAAACUCAACCAGGGCUCCAACUUGAUCCAGACCAAGGUUCAACCUCCGAGUGACCGUAGCGGAACCCAGGGACCCAUUGAUUCUUUCAUUCAGUUAGAGAGGUACAAUGCCCUUCAACUGGUCCAGUUUGUCCACUCCACACUGGCAGCCCUCAGUAAGGUCAUCAGAGGAACAUCACUGCUGACCAGUGAGGUCCAAGCCCUGGCUAGUAAUCUACUCAAGCAAGAGACACCCCUAUCGUGGCAGAGCAAAUGGGAGGGUCCAGAGGAUCCUGUAUUAUAUCUGAAGACCAUAGUGAGCCGUACCAUGGCUAUACAGGGGUGGGUUGAGAAAGCUCAGAGGAAUAGUCUUCUCUCAGAUACCCUCAACCUGUCAGAGCUGUUCCAUCCAGAUACCUUCCUGAAUGCACUCAGGCAACAAACAGCAAGGGAUUCCAAGACUUCCAUGGACAGUCUCAAGUUUGCCUGCCGUUGGUCUGGUAACAUCUCAGGAGCUAAAUACCAAGUCAAGAUUGGAGGUUUGCACCUUGAGGGUUGUACGUUUGAUGGACAGAGACUGUCAGAGAAUCAGAGAGACUCACCUAGUGUCUGCUCUGUACCACCGUGUAGUGUAGCAUGGGUUCUCAAGGAUACUCCAAACACCUACCAUGCAUCAGAGAGCAUCUCACUACCAGUCUACUUCACUGAACAGAGAGAAAAGAUUGUCACUCAUCUUGUAUUACCAUGUGGAGGAGAGCAAGAUCAUUGGAUACAGACUGGUGCUGCUCUCUUCUUACAGAAUCAGUAGGAUAAAUGUUAUCCCAUCGUUGACCUGAGAAGGGUUAUACUACCAGUCUACUUCAUAGAACAGAGAGAAAAGAUUGUCACUCAUCUUGUAUUACCAUGUGGAGGAGAGCAAGAUAAUUGGAUACAGACUGGUGCUGCUCUCUUCUUACAGAACCAGUAGGAUAAAUGUUAUCUCACUGUUUACCUGAGAAGGGUUAUACUACCAGUCUACUUCACUGAACAGAGAGAAAAGAUUGUCACUCAUCUUGUAUUACCAUGUGGAGGAGAGCAAGAUAAUUGGAUACAGACUGGUGCUGCUCUCUUCUUACAGAACCAGUAGGAUAAAUGUUAUCUCACUGUUUACCUGAGAAGGGUUAUACUACCAGUCUACUUCACUGAACAGAGAGAAAAGAUUGUCACUCAUCUUGAAAUACCAUGUGGAGGAGAACAUGAUCUUCAGAGCCAAAAUACAGAUCUUACAGAACAUAUAGCCCAUAAUUAACAUAGUUUUUUAACAGAGGGGACAUUUUACCAGUCUAGAUCAUAAGGCAGACAAAUAAAUGAGUUUUACACAUUUCUGCAAGAUAAAUGAAUUCAGACUUGUAAUGUCGUACCAGUAAAGUGCGACUUUUUUCUUGUAAGAAAGAAGGGAAAAUAAAUACCACCUGUCUGUUCUAGCUACUGGUAACAAAGUGAUGUUUUUGUUGUCUUUGCUAAGAAAUGCUAUACAGUGCGUCCCAGAAAAAACGAAACCGAGAUUAAGCGAUGAUUUAUCAUAACUUAAUCAAUAAUACAAUAGACAAAUGACCUACCAUUGUAAAGCUUAGAAUCUCCUCUUUCAUCUGAUAUUACUUAGAUCAUUCCUCAUUCACGCAUGAGUGAGCAAAAACAAUUUGAAGAAAGGAUACCAAAAACUCAUUCGUUUUUUGUGGGACGCACUGUAUAAUGAAUGUGUAGAUAUAUGAUGGGGGGACCUAAAGCUAUGCACUUUGUUUACAAAUGAUAAAAACUAUGCCAAUUUUAAUAUUUGAACAAACUAUCUUUUACUAAUUCAUGGCAAACAUUCCAAAGAUCAUUAACCAAGGAGAAAAUAUCACAAAACUCACUAUUACGAAAAUCCCGCCAUGUUUUCCGAACACCUCUUGAUUUCGCCGCCCGAUGUAGAAGGGGUCCUAAAGCUACUUACUUGAUUUAUCAUGCAAAAAAUAGCAUUUGCUGUGCCUCAGUUUCAAAAAUAUGUUCAUAUUGUUAUAGGAUAAUAUGAAAUUAAAGCGAAUAUAAAUCCGAAAUUCCAAACAGUUGUGGUUUUUUCCUUCAUUUAGUGGCUUAUUGCAGCCUCUGUAGAAAAAAUUGAAUAGGAAUCGUUCGUCACUCUGCAGUCACAGUUCCACACAUAGAUUGCGCAUUUGCCAUUAAAAACUGCAUGUGCGAUGAGUGGUGCGUAGCUUUAGGACCCCUACCUACCUACCAUACUUUUCACAGCUGCAGUGAGAAUCAUUUUCAUUCUUUUGCAAAUAGUUAAAAAUCAGUGAUAGUGAUAUUGAAAAUAUCUUUCAAAGCAAUAUUCAAGAAUACAAUUUAAAUGUCAACACCACAAAAAUAGUGUCAUCAUGGUGAUAAUAUGAGUAUGCAAUUUACAUUUAUUUCACAUACCCCUUUGUAAAUUAGUUUUCAAAUCAACCUUUACAAACUUAUAUUUCUAACUGCUAUGUCUUCUGUGUUAAUGGUUAAUGAAUAAGUUCCAUUUUGCAUUUUUUUUUAUUGUAUGAACUUACAUUCAUGAUAUAAAAAGAUAUCAAUUAAAUUUACUAAUAACGUUGUCAAAUCACUUUUUAUUUAUUUGAGCAGAUUUAUUUUUAUGAAGUGAUUUAGUCUUAGAUGAGUCAAUAUAGUUCUCACAAACUACAGAUUACAGAGUAUAUAUGUUAAAUAAUUUUCUUUGAAAUCUUUUUUUUUCUAGUUUCAUGCAUUUUAAGUUAAGCAUGUCAUAUAUGAACAGGUUAUGUUUGUAAAAACCAAUAUAAUUUUACUGGUAUUCACAAUCAAAUAUCUUUAUUUAGUCAUCCAAUAUUAUCUGUGUAACUUUUUACUAAUCACUAUAUCUUUCUUUUUUUUAUAUUCAUUAUUGUUUUGCUAAAUUUUUUUCCUGGAAAUUAAAUACAAUGAUAUGAAUGAAAAUAUACAUUUAUCAAUUUGAAAUGCUGCAAAGCAAUGAAUAAAUCAUUAAUUUUUCCCUUGCAUUGACUAUUUAUCUUUAGCUACAGUCCGUCCUAGUAUAAUUAAAUAUGAAAUGAUACUCAUUAUGUUGAUAUAAUAAUGAUAAUAUUGAAUUAUUUUGGUCACUUAUGUACAUUUGUUACUUAUUGCCCUUCUAAAGUAUGUUGUGAGAAUCAUAUUCAAUAUUGAAAAAGUUGUUGUAGAUAUCAGAUGUCUAUUUUGCGUGAUCUAUAGUGUAUUUAGCCUGUUUCAUAAAAGUCAUAUUGAAAGAAUUAUAUAAAGGAAAAUACAAGUUAAAAGUAAUUUGGUGAAUUUUUCUUGUGAAUAUACUUUGAGAUAUGAAAUCUAUCUGUGGAGUGUUGUACAAACUUAAAAUAUUAUAAUUCAUAUUCAUUGUUUUCUGCCUUUAACAUGGAUAAAAUUAACAGAAUGUGUCUAAUAAAAUAUUAAAUAGAUGGAUUAGAUGUGCUGUGUUUGAAAAAAAACUCUAUUUUGAUGACAUUGUUCUAACAUUCCAUAGCUAUCAUGCAACUACUUGCAAAGUUAUCUGUUCAUUACAAUUCUGAAGUCGUGGAGUGUGUAAUAAACUAUCACCUUGAUAAUUAUGAA